AUGGAAGACGACGAGGAGGAGGAGGAGGAGAUGGGGCCACACGAGAUCUUUGGGAUCCACCGCAAGGAGUGGAUCGUUAGUUAUGGCAAGAACGACGACGACGCCUUCUACAAACCGACCGAGCUGCUUCCGAUGCGUCACACGGAUGGGCCGGUGCUACCCAUCUACCUUCAGCCUAUGGACACCAUGGAGGUUUUCUUCGUCAAGGUGGCUCAUCUCACUGGUGGCCUCCAGUGGUCUCUGGACGUCUAUGGUGAUGUUGCCGACUCACUCUUGGAACUUACAGGCCCUAGCCGUGCAGUCUUGCUUCUGGACGAGCCUAUCUUUGAGAUCGACCUCAAAGUAAAGGGCAAAGGGAGCUCAGCAUUGUCUGAGGACGACAAGGUUUUAUGCUUGGAGUACUUCGGGUACAACUGCAUCGCUUACCGUGGAUCCUCCAGCUACGCCAAAACGAAGGAGGUAACAAGCGAGAGCUGCGCGAUGGAGUUCAGGUUCGCACAUAUCAUAAACUCCGUGGAGGCAACCACCACCGCCCGCAUCAUCAACGCGUCAUGCAGCUUCAGCGCCCGUUUCAGCGCCCGCACCACGAGCAUCGGCGAGGACGUCGUGGUGCUGCUGGACUCUCGUGGAUAG